GGCCGACGCCACAUGUCGAUGGUAAACAUCUGUGCUGGAGUGUAGUUUUUAAUAAAUUAGUAAACUAUGGAAUCUGUAUCAGAUUCGACAGCAGAAGUAAGCGCUACUAUGGAUUGUGAUGGAAACACAGAAGCGUUUGAGAAAGUCAAAAGUAAGAAAAGAGAGAAGCGCAAGCGCGCCGCGGCGGAGAUGGACACGCAGACCGAGGAGAGCAGCAGCAGCGCGCCGGUGAAAAGGCCACAUUUCCCGGCCCUGUCCGGAGACCAGCUCGGGGGCGGUGUGGAUGAAAUGCGCAAAGUGCCGGUUCCUUCUCACCGAUACACACCUCUGAAGGAAAACUGGCUGAAAAUCUUCACCCCCAUCGUGGAAAACCUGCAGCUCCAAGUGCGAUUCAACCUCAAAACAAGACAGGUGGAGAUUAAAACGUGCAAAGAAACGCAGGACAUCGGUGCUCUGACCAGAGCUGCAGACUUCGUGAAGGCCUUCGUGUUAGGAUUUCAGGUGGAGGAUGCUCUUGCGCUGAUCAGAUUAGAUGAACUGUUUUUGGAAACAUUUGAUGUCACAGAUGUUAAACCUCUGAAAGGAGAUCAUCUGUCCAGAGCCAUCGGCAGAAUAGCAGGAAAAGGAGGAAAAACAAAGUUUACUAUUGAGAACGUCACCAAAACCAGGAUCGUGCUCGCAGACACGAAGAUUCAUAUAUUGGGGUCUUUCCAGAAUAUUAAAAUGGCACGAACAGCAAUAUGCAAUCUCAUUCUCGGCAGUCCUCCAUCUAAGGUGUAUGGGAAUCUGCGGGCCGUGGCCACUCGAUCAGCGGAGAGAUUUUAAACACUUGAAGAUCAGCUCCUGCAAAACACACGGAUCACAGACUGACACACAAACACAUCUAAUUUCUAUUGUUAGAGCCACAUGGGCCUGAAAAUGUCUAUGAUGAACCAGUGGACUCAACAUUACUGCUGCUUCACACAAUAAACACAUCAUGAGUGAACAGAAA